UAAUAAUAACAAAUUGAAAGAUGCCCAGUGGGCACACAAGAAAUCUGUGCUCCUACUCGUCUUCAGAACAGAGAAUGUGUAGGAACUGAGAACGAAGGGAACUUUGUGUUUGGCAAGAGAGAAACUGAGGAAAGUGAGAGAAAGAAAGUAGUGAGCUGUGUAAUUAGAAGAUGGUUUAUACUGGUCGAAUUUUGGCGGUUUCGUACUCUCCAACGACGUCGUUUCAUCGCAAUUAUCGGUACUCAAACUCCAGAUUUCAUCAAGGAAAGCUCAAAUCGGAUCUGAAAUGGCGAGCCAUGGUGUCUGGGCCGGAGGCUUCUGCUUUUGCACCUUCGGUUGAUUCCGAAUCUGCUGAUAAAAACGACACUGGCUUUUGUAUUAUUGAAGGACCUGAAACAGUUCAGGAUUUUGCCAAAAUGGAACUGCAAGAAAUUCAGGAUAAUAUUCGAAGUCGGAGAAACAAAAUUUUCUUGCAUAUGGAGGAGGUUCGCAGGCUGAGGAUACAACAAAGAAUUAAAAAUGCUGAACUUGGAAUUCUAAAAGAACAGGAAAAUGAACUCCAAAAUUUUCCAUCAUUCAUUCCAUUUUUGCCUCCUUUGAGUUCAGCAAAUCUGAAACUGUACUAUGCUGCUUGUUUCUCUCUUCUUGCUGGGAUCAUCAUUUUUGGUGGCUUACUUGCACCUACUCUGGAGCUUAAGUUGGGAUUAGGUGGCACAUCAUAUGAAGAUUUUAUCCGUAGUGUGCAUCUUCCAAUGCAGUUGAGUCAGGUAGAUCCUAUAGUGGCAUCUUUCUCUGGAGGGGCAGUUGGAGUGAUCUCAUCCUUGAUGAUUGUUGAAAUAAACAACGUAAAACAGCAGGAGAAAAAAAGAUGCAAAUACUGUCUUGGAACUGGAUACCUUGCAUGUGCCCGCUGUUCAAGCUCGGGAGCACUUGUUCUUAGUGAACCUGUCUCAACAGUCAAUGGUGGAAGGCAGCCUCUAUCGCCUCCUAAAACCGAAAGAUGUUCAAACUGUUCAGGAGCAGGAAAGGUCAUGUGCCCCACAUGCCUCUGUACUGGGAUGGAGAUGGCGAGCGAGCAUGAUCCACGAAUAGAUCCCUUUGACUAGAGUUGCAUCAUUUCCUUCAUACCUCUCACAUCAGAAGCAAGGAAUUUCCACGUGCAUUUCUGUAUAUAUCCAAACAACUCACAGGUACAUGGAACACCGCUAGUGUCUAUAAAUUGUACCUGUUGUAUCAUAUCUCCUUAUUUACUAUGCACCUGGCUCUUCAACUUCCUGAAAUUGUAUGCAUCCUGCCAUCUUAAUUUUUGAGAUGAUCCUAGA